CCGUCUUGGCACAAGCUUGCCCUCUCCCUUUUCGGGCCCCCCGCCAGUGGGCAGGUCGGGGCUGCUCGGCAGAGAUGCUCAUGGACUCGGCAGCCUCCCUGGCCGCCUACCAGCUCGAGCCGAGCUGCCCUCGCCCGCGCGAGGCCGGCGAGGCGGUCCCUGGCGACCGCGGCGUCCCGAGCCGGGCCAGCACCGACCUGGCGAGCGGGCUGGCCUGGAGGGGCCUCGAGAACGAGGAGCCCGCCCCCUGGUCCAAGGCGGCGCGCACGGACUGGGACGACGAGGCGGCGGCGGGGCCUGCGCCCUCGGGCUCGCCGUACCUCGAGCUGCUGCGGCAGAACAUGUGCCCCGAGGAGUCGAGCUCGCGCCUGCUCAAGUUCGGGUCCGCUCCCCGGGGCGCCCCGGGCGCCCUGCCGCGCCCCGCCGCGCUGCCGGACGGAGGCCUGCAGCCCCGGCGCGCCUUCCAGCAGCAGCCGUUCCGGGUGCUGCACGCGCCAGGCCUGCCGGACGACUACUACGCGAGCCUCCUCGACUUCUCGCACACGGACACCCUCGCGGUGGGCCUCGGCAGCUGCAUCGACCUGUGGAGCCUGAGGACCAGCUCCGCGUCCAGGCUGUGCGAGCUGCACCCCGAGGACGGCGUCGCCUCGGUGAAGUGGGGGGACCCAGGCGCCCCCCACCUCGCCGUGGGGAUGCAGAGCGGCGAGGUGAAGAUCUGGGACGCGUCCCGCAGGCAGGAGGUGCGCAGCAUGGCCAGGCACCGCGGCCGCGUGGGCGCGCUUGCCUGGAGCGGGAGCACCCUCUUCACGGGCGGCAGGGACGGCCAGGUCCUGCACUGGGACCUGCGGGCCCCAGCGCGCGCCGCGCCGCCGCUGGGGGCCCACCGGCAGGAGGUGUGCGGGCUGCGGUGGUCCCACGAGUCGCAGCAGCUCGCGUCGGGCGGCAACGAGGGCGACGUGUGCGUGUGGAACCCCCGAGCCGCGGCGCUGGAGUGGAGGCUAGCGGGGCACCAGGCGGGCGUCCGGGCCAUCGCCUGGUCGCCCCACGAGAGGGGGCUCCUCGCGUCCGGGGGCGGCAGCUCGGACAGGUGCAUCCGCACGUGGAGCACGCUGAACGGAGCCGUGCUCUCGUGUACCGACACGGGCUCGCAGGUGUGCAACCUGCUUUGGUCGGAGGGCGCGGACGAGCUGCUGAGCUCCCACGGCUACUGGGGCAACGAGAUCGCCCUCUGGAAGCGGAGGGGCAUGUCGAAGCUGGCGGUGCUGUCGGCCCACCGCCGCCGGGCCGUGCAGCUUGCCCUUGCGCCCGACGGGGAGACGCUCGUCACCGGCACGGGCGACGAGAUGCUCCGCUUCUGGCGCCUGUGCCCUGGCCCCGGGCUGCGGAGGAGCGGGAAGUCGUUGAACACGACGUCUUGCCCAGCUCGCACGAUUCGCUGA